CUGCACUACGGGACCAUCAUGGGCAGCAGAGCUUGUGUCAAAAUGGCAGCAGCUGCCUGGGGCACUGGUUUUCUCCAUGCUCUCCUGCACACUGCUAACACAUUUUCAAUACCACUCUGCCAAGGCAACACAGUGGACCAGUUCUUCUGUGAGAUCCCCCAGAUCCUCAAGCUCUCCUGCUCAGAUGCCUACCUCAGGGAAGUGGGGCUUCUUGUGGUUAGUGUCUUUUUAGUCUCUGUGUGUUUCAUUUUCAUUGUGGUGUCCUACGUGCAGAUCUUCACUGCUGUGCUGAGGAUCCCCUCUGAGCAGGGACGACACAAAGCCUUUUCCAUGUGCCUCCCGCACCUGGCCGUGGUCUCCCUGUUUCUCAGCACUGUCAUGUUUGCCUACCUGAAGCCCCCCUCCCUCUCCUCCCCAGCUGUGGAUCUGGUGGUGGCUGUUCUGUAUUCGGUGGUGCCUCCAACCAUCAGCAGGCACCUGGUGGGGGUAGGGACUUGUGAGCUCACUCUAACAGAGCAGCUGAUUGGCCAGGAGAAGACAUAUGGCUUGGAUGUUGGUGGUGAUAUGAUUCCUGGGUUUGAGAGUCAUCCCAUCACAGAAGGCAGCCAGAUUGACCAGGCACAAUUUGCCCUUGAUGACUUCAGGCUGGCUGUUCCCGACCCCUUCAUGUGGCUGGAACCAGCUGCAGGAAGAUUUGCUUCCCAGGGACUGAGGUGA